AUGGACGCUGCCGACGUCUUUCGUCAGGGCCUGGGAGCAGCAUUUCAACAGCCCCAGUACUUCUACCCCAACAGACCUCCUGUUCCAGUGCUUGGUGCCGCCAGUGCCAAGGGAAAGAAGAUCAACCGAUCUUAUGUGGUCAGCCUUCAGAAAAAGGUACGCCAGCUUGAGGAGGAGCUGGCCAAGUACACGGACGAAGACGGCGACUACCCCCGAACACAUGCCGACAUCGUUCGUCCUGGCGGUAUGGUCCGCCUGAAUGAGACCGAUGAAACUCCCCGUUACCUUGGCCCUAGCAGCGGCAUCGCCAUGACUCGCUUGCUUAUGGAGGAAGCGAAAAGGUUCACAGAGUCUCGCCGCAUCGCCGACUUGAUCCCAGAAGUCCGAGCGAAGAGAGAAAGGGUAGUAGAACUCCGGGAUCGAAUGCAAAGUGUCACCAUGGGCGGUACCAGUGUGAGCGGGCCUUCGGGAAAGUAUCAAAGCUACCCUGCGCAUAGCGACUUGCCUGCCCAGUCAUUGCCGAAUAGAGAAGUCUAUGAUCGGCUGGUUCGGGUCUUCCAUGAAAGAGUCCAGGUCUUCACUCCAGUCCUGCACGAGAAAGAGCUGGCAAAAGAUGUGGAAGCUGUCUAUGCAGGAGACACGGACCCUUAUAGGUUUGCUAUGAAGCACUUCGAGGAUGUUGUGCGCCCCAAGGACCUCAAGACUCUUCAGUGCCUGGUCCUGAUAGGGCAGUACUCUCUCCUCACGCCAACCCGAACCGCUAUCUACUACAUUAUUGGAUUGGCUACCAGGAUCUGCCAGCAAUUGGGUCUCGGUGACGAGAAGACUAUUACGAUGGACAAUCCAGAUCCUCAGACACUGGAUAUGAGGAGGAGGCUGAGUUGGAUUGUUACUACCCAGGAGUUGGGUCUCGCCCACACUAUGGGCCGGCCUAAUGGGUUUGCUAAGGCCGAUGAUCUCAUGAACGUCAAAUUUUUCGAGGCUGUGCCGGACGAGGAUAUCACACCCGAGGGCAUCUGUCACGAACGAACAUGCGAAAGAAAAAUGGUUGCCAUUUACUUUUGCAAGAUGCGUCUUUUACAGGCGGAGAUUCGUCGAAUGCUUUACGAAAAGAAACGGCUGGAGCCGGCGCACGAGUCUCACCCGUGGUUUGCGCAAAUGGAGCAAAAGCUCAAGGACUGGCUUGACUCCUGCCCGGAGAAUCCAGUUUGGUGCAGGCCUUGGUUUACUGGAAGGUACUACAGCAUGCUGAUCUCACUUUAUCGGCCUUCUCCUCAAAUUCCAACUCCGACUAGCCAAGCCGCCGAAAAGUGCUUUGAAGGAGCACGAUAUAUCAUCGACCUAACUUCUCGACAGAUCGAGCAAGGAGCGGUCGAUAUCACUUGGGUGUUUCUGCUAGGCAUAUAUGCAGCGCUCAACGCCCUUCUUUGGUCAAUUUCGUACCCAGAAGUGCGCUUGAAGCAUACCAAGGACGAAGUACAGGCCCUGGCACAGACAGCACUUGAAUCUAUUACGAGUUAUCACGUGAAGGAAGAAGAAACUCCAUCACCUUCAUCAAACAACAGGUUGGACGCGCCGGCGACAGUGAUGGACCCCGUCUCACCUGCGUCGGACACGCCGAGGGCGACUCCCCAACCACAAACACAGCCAUCAGCGCCACUCUUCAAUCGGUCGCCUUUCGGUUAUGUUUUCAACGAUGGCUCCGAUGGCAUGCACUCACAGUAUCCAUUUGACGCCGCAGCAACCCCCUUCCAGGCCCAGCCCGCUUUCCGCUCUAAUUCGAUCUUCAUGAGCCCGGCCUCAGACUCAAGUGGUCGCAGACUAUCCUUGCUUCCUCCCGAAUCAGUUCAUCCUAGUGAAGGUUCCGAUCCCGACCAAAUAGACCCUCUCCCACCUCCUUCCAUGACUUUGUCCCAACAAGUGCCUUCGCUUACCACUACCUCAGGUUCGGGCACAUCGAUACCUACACCACCAGAAUCGCUGCCACCUCCAUCAAGUCAUACAAAGAAUAUCAGUCCCUCGCCGAGUGUCUCGGCGACUCCCACACCAACGAUACACCCUUUGCAAACUCCGGCUCUCAACCCGAUCAGCCUGCCCGGACCACAUCCACAGUCAACUCUGCCCCCUCCAUCCAAGACCCCAGUCUUCACCUCUCCCCCGGUGUCCCAGGCUCAUCCCUCUCAGCAAUCAUCCCCAGCAGCUGUCGCCGACUGGUUCACUUCUCAGCAGCCCUUCGUCUCUCCGUUUGUAAGCGGCAUCAAUAAUUCCUCCUUCUGGGACAAUGCCCCGAACCCCUUCACCGGCCUCGGCCUGAGCGGCACAGAAGGUAUCUCGUACAACUUUGGCAGCGGCAGCGGGUCUCGUCCCCCGCCUGGCACUUCUCCGAACAAUGCGGGCAACAACAAUGCUCAGAGUUGGAACCUCUCGUCUGCUCCUCCGGCAGCCAGUGGUGGCCCCUGGACAUCUGGUCCCCCUCCCAAUGCGCAUAUUGAUAUGGGCGGCUUCGCCGGCUUCGGUCCCGGGCCAGGAAGUGCGAAUGGCAUUGCGGGGCUAGGCAUCGCAGGUAUGGGGGGUAAUUCUAACCCGGCAGGAGCCCCAGGCGGGGUUGGGGCGUUGGGAGAUUACUCCUUCGUCACGACUCGGCAUGGUAGUCUCAGCCAAGAGCAGCAGAUGGAGUUGAUGGGUGUGCUAGAGACGCAGGGGCUGAGUGAUAUCGAUAGCUUUUUGAGUAUGGGGAUGGGUUUGGAAGGGGGAGCACCAGCAGGGGGUGGUGUGACUUGGAGUUAA